ACACUUGUGUUUUAAAAUCGUUUUUGAACAUUGUUGGAGUAGCUUUUGUACAGAAAGUGUUGAGUAAUCUUAUUAAAAAUCGAGGAUUAUUCAUCGUCGAGUAUUUGAAAUUGGGGUAAAAUCAGGUUGACGUUGGAAGUAACGGAAUCGUGGUUAAUAAGGUUUGUUGCGAUUAUUUUAACAAAAUGGCAGCGUCAUCCUCGUCGCUUGUGACCAGCAGCGGUACGACAAUGACAAGUACGAUAAGCGCGAUAAGUGAGGACGCGGAGUAUCGUGAUGAUGAUCUGGAUGGUGCGGCUUCAACGGGGCGGGGAAACCGUCAUGAAGAGUGUACGGAAACCGUGCGGAACCGCCAGGAAGACUCCGAGGAGAAGCUGGAGCAGGAUGCCAAGGAGAAGAAGGAGGAGGAGGAGGAGAAGGAGGCCAGGAGGACGACGAAGACCUCGUCCAGGAAGACCGAUCUGUUCAUCUCCGAGGCUCUGCCGCUGAUGCAGUGUGGCUCAUUGGACAUUGGCGAGGAACGCCAGAAGCGGGUUACCAUGAUGGAGUCUCUUUGCCAAGUGAACAACAACAAUGAGAACAAAAACAGCAACAAGAACUGCACUACCAACAACACCCCGGAAUGUCAAGACCCUCAACAACGACUCGCAGUUCUGAGUUUCGAACAGGUUCGCCGGUUGAACGACGUGAUGAACGAGGUUGUCGGUAUUCACGGUAGAGGAAACUUCCCGACCCUCGAGGUCCAGCUACGGGAUCUGGUCACCGUUGUGCGCAGCAAACUCGAGGCCGAUCCCAGCGACGGGGGCGCCGGAAUGAGGGUUAGAGACAUAAGGCUUAACGGCGGCGCUGCCUCCCACGUCCUGGCCACCGAGUCCCAGACUUACAACGACCUGGACCUGAUAUUCGCCGUCGAGCUAUCGAGCGGCAGGAAUUACGACAAGGUCAAGGCCGCGGUGCUGAGCUCGUUACUCGACCUUCUGCCGGAGGGUGUGAGCCGAAAACGCAUAACCACCUGCAGUCUGAAGGAGGCCUACGUCAGCAAGAUGGUUAAGGUCAACAACGACGGCGACAGGUGGUCGCUUAUAUCCUUGGGAAAUUCACGGGGUCACAGAAACGUCGAGUUGAAAUUCGUCGACACUAUGAGGCGGCAGUUCGAAUUCUCCGUAGACUCAUUCCAGAUCGUGUUGGACUCGUUGCUACUAUUCUACGAGUGCAGCGAAUUACCGAUCGGUGAAAAUUUCUAUCCAACCGUCGUCGGUGAGUCGGUAUACGGCGAUUUUCAGGAGGCCCUUUAUCACCUUCACAAGAAACUCAUAUCGACGAGGCAUCCGGAGGAGAUUAGGGGCGGUGGUUUACUCAAGUAUUGCAAUCUACUUGUCAGACUUUACCGGGCAUCGCAACCGGACUAUAUAAAGACCCUUGAGCGAUACAUGUGCUCGAGAUUCUUCAUAGACUUUCCCGACAUCGAGCAGCAGAGGAUCAAGCUCGAGAAUUAUCUUUGGAAUCACUUCGUCGGACCUCAGGAAGAGGGUCUUAAGUACGAAUACCUUAUGCUGCUCUACAACGUCGUCGAGGAAUCGACGGUCUGUCUUAUGGGACACGAACGGCGGCAGACUUUAGCACUUAUUAAAAAUCUCGCCUGUAAGGUCUUCUGCGAGGAACAGCAACGGCUUAUCAGUCAGCACCAACCACCACCGCCCCCGGGACCACCGGCCACCUUCGUUUACGCCGCGAACGGUUAUUACUACGCACCCGUUAUACCGGCGUGCUACACCUGCACAUGCAACUCGUGGAUGGCCUGUUCCUCGUGAUGCGACAUCGCCGAAGGGGCGAUCUCCCGAUGCGACGAUCGGAACCCGUCGACGACGAAUGCUUCUUCUUAUAACGCCGCCGUCGCCGUCGCCGCCGUCGCCGUCGCCGCUGUUGCUGCCGCCUCGUCCAAGCUGAUAUUUCCACUUGCUGCAGGAACGACGACAACGACAACAACGACAACAACAACAACAACAACAAC